AUGUCGAAUGACGGAUCUUCACCUGCGUCUGACGAAAACAAGAGUCCGAAUGAUGCAAACAGUGAAAAUGUACCACCACAGAAAACACCGAAACAAUUAGAAAAAGAAGCUGAAAAACAAAAAAAGUUAGAUAAACUAGCAGCAAAAAAGGGAAAAUUAGCUGAAAUAGAACAACAGAAAAAAGAAAAAGAACCGAAAAAGAAACCAUUAUCGACUCGAGAUAUCACUCAGUAUGAAUCACAAACAGCUCCUGGAGACAAAAAAGACAUUCAUUGUCCCUUCCCAAAUUCAUAUAGUCCUAAAUAUGUUGAAGCUGCCUGGUAUGAAUGGUGGGAAAAGCAAGGUUAUUUUCGACCUGAGUAUUAUGAUGAACAUCCUCCACCAGCACAUGAUAAACGAACAACAAAUAAAUUUAUUAUGGUUAUUCCUCCACCAAAUGUCACCGGUUAUCUUCAUCUUGGACAUGCAAUUAUGUGUACCAUUGAAGAUACAUUAACGAGAUGGCAUCGAAUGUUAGGAAAACAUGUUUUAUGGGUACCCGGUUGUGAUCAUGCUGGUAUAGCAACACAGGUGGUUGUUGAAAAAAAAUUGAUGCGUGAAAAAAAAUUAUCACGUCACAAUUUAGGACGUGAAAAGUUUUUAGAUGAAGUAUGGAAAUGGAAAACGGAUAAAGGUGAUCAUAUAUAUGAACAAAUAAAAGUAUUGGGAGCAUCAUGUGAUUGGAAUCGAAAAGUAUUUACAAUGGAUAAAACAUUGUGUUAUGCUGUCGAAGAAGCAUUUAUUAGAAUGCAUGAGAAAAAAUUAAUAUAUAGAAGUACAAGAUUAGUUAAUUGGUCGUGUACAUUAAAAUCAGCUAUAUCCGAUAUUGAAGUAGAAAAAACAGAACUGAAAGGUCGAACGUUAAUCCGUGUACCCGGUUAUGAUGAACCAGUUGAAUUUGGUGUUCUUGUUUAUUUUGCCUAUCCUGUUGAAAAUUCAGAUGAACAAAUUAUUGUUGCAACAACUCGUCUCGAAACAAUGUUAGGUGAUACAGCCGUUGUUGUACAUCCAAAUGAUGAACGUUACAAACAUUUAUAUGGAAAAUAUGUUAAACAUCCAUUUUUAAAUAGACGUUUGCCAAUUAUAUGUGAUGAGAUGGUUGAUAUGAAUUUUGGUUCUGGCGCUGUCAAAGUAACACCAGCUCAUGAUCCAAACGAUUAUGAAUGUGGUAAACGAAAUAAAUUAGAAUUUAUCACGUGUAUUGAAGAUGAUGGUUUAAUGUCUUCGAAUUGUGGUAAAUACAGUGGUCUAAAACGUUUUGAUGUUCGUCGUCAAUUAUUAGAAGAUUUAAAACAACUUAAUUUAUAUCGUGAUUGUAAAGAUAACGAAAUGAUGAUACCCAUUUGUAGUCGAUCAAAAGAUAUUAUCGAACCAUUACUCAAACCGCAAUGGUAUUGUAAUUGUAAAAUAAUGGCUAAACGUUCAAUCGAUGCUGUACGAAAUAAAGAAUUAAAAAUAAUACCAUCGAUGUUUGAACCAGUAUGGUAUAAAUGGUUAGAAGAUAUUCGAGAUUGGUGUAUAUCACGACAGUUAUGGUGGGGACAUCGAAUACCGGCUUAUUUUGUCACAUCCAAAGAUAUUGAACCGGGACAAGACACGGAUGAUAAAUAUUGGAUUAGUGCGCACAGCUACGAAGAAGCAUUGGAAAAAGCAUCCAAACAAUUUAAUGUCGACAAAACAAAAAUACAAUUGACACAAGAUGAAGAUGUUCUUGAUACAUGGUUUUCAUCUGGUUUAUUUCCAUUUUCAUCAUUUGGUUGGCCAUUAGAAACCGAUGAUUAUAAACGUUUUUUUCCCACAACAUUGUUAGAAACAGGUCAUGAUAUUUUAUUUUUUUGGGUUGCACGUAUGGUGAUGUUCUCAUUAGAAUUAACAGAUCAAUUACCAUUUAAAGAAAUUUAUUUACAUGCAAUUAUACGUGAUGCACAUGGACGAAAAAUGUCAAAAACAUUGGGAAAUGUUAUUGAUCCAUUAGAUGUUAUUAAUGGUGCAUCAUUAGAAGAAUUAAAUGAACAAUUGAGAACAUCGAAUUUAGAUCCAAGAGAAUAUGAACGAGCAAAACAAGGACAAAUAGAAGAUUAUCCAAAGGGUAUUCCUGAAUGUGGUGCAGAUGCAUUAAGAUUUGCAUUUUGUGCUUAUGCAAAUCAAGGACGAGAUAUUAACCUAGAUGUCUUACGUAUCGAAGGUUAUCGACGAUUUUGUAAUAAGCUAUGGAAUGCAAUUAAAUUUGCCAU